ACCUGUUGAGAAAUCUCCCUUCAUCUCCAACUUCUCCACAUACCCUCCCAGCUAGCUUGAAGCACACCCAUGGAAUCUCUGGACAUGGCUAUUCUCUUAACCACUCUCGUCACUCUCUACUACUUCCUCCUCCUCCUCCUCCUCCUCCUCCUCCGCCGUAAAUCCAAGAAACUGCCGCCGGGCCCGACCGCUCUGCCCAUCAUCGGGAACCUCCACCAGCUGCGCGACCUCCCGCACCGCCGCCUCCACCGCCUCGCCAAAACCUACGGCCCCAUCAUGCUCCUCAGCCUCGGCAGCAAGCCGAUGGUCGUGGUCUCCUCUCCGGAGGCCGCCGAGCUGGUCCUCAAGACCCACGACGACAUCUUCUUGGGCCGCCCGAAGGGGCGGGUUACGCACCACCUGUCGUACGGCAGCAGGGGCAUCGCGUUCACCGAGGGCGGUGCGUACUGGCCGAGCGCGAGGAAGCUGUGCGCGUUGCGGCUGCUGAGCCCGGCCAAGGUGGAGUCGUACGCGCCGGCGAGGAGGGAGGAGCUCGGGAGGCUGGUGGAGAGGGUGAGGGUGAGGGCGGCGGCAGCGGCAGCGGCCCGUGAGGCGAUGGACUUGAGCGCGGAGGUCGGGGAGCUCAUGGGGAACUUGUCGUGUAGGUUGAUAUUGGGGUGUCGCAGCAACGCCGGCGAGGAUGAGUUCGACUUGAAGCCGUUGAUUCACGAGGUUUUGAGAUUGGCUGGUGCUUUCAACUUGGCGGAUUACGUGCCUCUUCUUGGACCGUUCGAUCUUCAGGGAUUGGCUCGGCGUGCAGAAGUAAUUCAUCGGGCCAUCGACAAGGUCUUGGAGGGCAUCAUCAAAGAACACGAGCAAGACACGACCGGCAAGUACAAGGGCGACUUUCUGGACACGAUCCUCUCCGUAAUGGACCAGCCCAUGACCGAUUCGCAAGACAAACCCGGCAUGUUGGACCGGACCAACGUCAAGGCCAUAGUCCUCGACCUGAUCUCCGGUUCGUACGAAUCUUCAUCAACCGUCAUCGACUGGGCAUUCUCGGAGCUAAUGAGGAGUCCACACACAAGGAAAAGACUUCAGCAAGAGCUCCGAACCGUUGUCGGGAUGAACCGGAUGGUUGAGGAGUCCGACCUGCCGAAGUUGAGUUAUCUGGACAUGGUGAUCAAAGAAACCUUCAGGCUGUAUCCGCCCGGUCCGCUCUUGAUCCCGCAUGAGUCCACCGAGGACAUUGAGAUCAAUGGGUACUACAUCCCGAAGAGGACUGGGGUCAUCGCGAACGCUUGGGCUCUCGGGAGAGAUGUCGACGCUUGGGGCAACGACGCCGGGGAGUUCAAGCCGGAGAGGUUUUCGAACAGCAGUGUGGAUGUCAAAGGCCGGGACUUCCAGCUAAUACCUUUCGGGUUGGGCCGAAGAGGCUGCCCUGGGAUGAACCUGGCAGUGGUCAAUACUCGGCUCUUUUUGGCCCAAAUGCUGCACUGCUUUGAUUGGGAGUUGCCGGAGGGGAUGUCGCUGAGCAACUUGGACAUGACCGAGGAGGUCGGGCUGUCGCUCUCGAAAGCGAAGCACUUGUUCCUCGUGCCGAGUUAUCGCCUGGUUGUUUGAACUUUGAAUUUCUUCAGAGUCAUUUGUAAAUCUGCGAUAGUAACACAUAAGACUUUGUUCAGUAACAAGGUUAAGUUCCCAUCACUCCACUUAGAAAUUACUACAUUUACAUCCUUAA